AUGGCUGACGCAGUAGUCCAACUUCGGUGCGGUGUCAAGAACGACGACUGGGGGAAGAAAGGAACGGAAUCGAUUGUAGCUCAGCUAUGGUCCAAAACCCCAAAAAAUGCAGCGAUUGAUGAAUCCAAGCAUUAUUCAGAAAUGUGGAUGGGCACAUACCCUUCAAACCCUUCUUAUCUACUUUCAACGGGUGAACACCUCGGGGAAUACCUGAAGAAGCAUCCCGAGCUAGUGGGAAAGUCCGUCCAUGACCGAUGGGGUCCGGAGAUUCCCUUUUUGCCUAAGAUUCUAUCUUUCAGCAAGGCUCUGCCCCUACAGAUUCAUCCAGACCUGAAGCUCGCUGCACAACUGCACAAAGAAGACCCCUCGAAGUAUGGUGACACAAUGCACAAGCCAGAGAUUGCGAUUGCGCUCUCAAAAUUCGAGCUCUUUGCCGGGUGGAAGCCCCUCGAAGACGUCCAAGCGCUGUUCAAGUUGAAUCACCUGGCAAAGUACAUCCCCAGAUCAGGUCAAUUUAAUGAUGAGACCUUACGCCAAGUAUGCAAGAAUCUACUCAGCGCGCCGGCAAAAGAAGUCGCACAGACAAUGAAAGACCUGCAAGCCAUCCCAGAAUCCCAGUUUGGCGCACACACCUACAUCCCUAGCCUACUCGGCCGUCUGGCAAAACAAUACGGCCAAGGCGACAACGGGAACCUUGUCGCUGCCCUGCUGAUGAACUACUUGAUCCUGGGUCCAGGUGACUCUGUCUUCGUCCCCGCAGACAGCAUUCAUGCCUAUCUAGAAGGUGAUAUCGUCGAAUGCAUGGCGCGAUCGGACAAUGUCAUUAACACGGGGUUCUGUCCAGCUGCAGAGCGCGACAGCGUCGAAUUGUUUGGGCAGGCUCUGAGUUUUGUACCGCAUAAUGCAAAGGAUGCGCUCCUGCCGCGUAGAAAGAGCGAGAAGGGAAUGAAUGGUAAGACAGAUGUUUAUGCACCGCCUAUCAGUGAAUUCUCUGUACUGUGCACUACUCUUGGCGCUGGGGAGAAUGAGACGCACAAAGCCAUUCUCGGGCCGAGCUUGAUGAUUGUUACGAAAGGUUGUGGUCAAAUGAAAUUCCCUGGUAAUCAGACCGCUGAGAUUAAGGAGGGAUAUGUUUUCUUUGUGGGGCAGGGUAUUGCGCUGGAUUUCGUGACUGACAAGGGCAUGGCUGUUUAUCGGGCGUAUGCGGAGUAA